CCAUGCCAAUUACAGUCGGCGUUCGUUUAACACGUCUUCGGAGGCUAGGGAAGUGAAAGCUAACACGUGGGAACAACAAUUUAACGCAUUUGUGUUUAUGGUUAAGGAUAAUUAAGUGCCAGUGUUGUGUUUUGUCUUAUUUAAAGCACUUUUGAAUAUUUAGCUGAAGGCGGUGUCUAUAUAUAUGAGUUGUGUUUCCAGCUGCUCUGCAUAGUUUGUCAUGGCGCACAGCGAAGAUAAUGAUUAUGAGUACAGAAUCAAAGAGGGGGACCACGUAGUGUUGAAACGAGGGGACGUGUACAAAGCGGUGCAAAUUCAGCGGAAGAAAAAGGUGAUUUUUGAGAAGCAGUGGAUCCUCCUGGAUAACGUUGUGGGACAUCUGUACAGCACCACAUUUGAGGUUGCCUCUGGAGGAUCCCUGCAACCAAAGGAAGACAAGGAGACAGAAAGCUCCACAGAUGUGAAGGUGGCAGGUACAGACAACAGGAACAUUGUUGAUGAUGGCAAAUCACAGAAACUCACUCGAGAUGACAUUGAGACGAUGAAAGAGCAAGGUCUGACGGAUAAGGAGAUCAUUAAGCAGCUCAUAGAUAACAGCGCAACGUUCAGUAAUAAGACUGGAUAUGCCCAGGAUAAGUACAUUAAGAAGAAGAAGAAAAAGUAUGAAAAUACAGUGACGGUUCUGAAACCAACGUGUCGCAUCAUAGCCAUGAUGUACCACGGCCGCGAACCUGGGAAGAUCUGCCAUUUACGAUAUGACACACUGGCACAGAUGUUGACUCUGGCAAACGUCCAUGCUGGCAGUAAAGUUCUGGUGUUCGAAACCUGUGCUGGACUUGUACUGGGAGCCAUCAUGGAGAGAAUGGGAGGCUACGGCUCAGUGAUUCAGAUGUACCCAGGAGAUGGGCCUGUGCGGGCGGGGGUGGAGUGUUUUGGCUUCCCCACACAUUUUCACGAUAUGCUGCAUGAGUUUCCCAUCUGCCACGUCAACGCUUUGCUGGCAGGCACUCUGGACACCGGUGCCAAAGACCCCACUGCUGAAGAAAAGCAACUGAGGGUGGCUGCAGUGGAGGAGCAAAACCAGCCUGAGGCAGAACAGCAGGAAGGCAGUCCAGAGGAGGAGAAUAUGGUGACAAACACAAGUGAUGAUGGGGGCCGAGGCCAGGAGAAACUCGAGAAGGAGAAACGGCAAGAAGCAAAAGCUCAAGAAAGAAAGGUGAAGCUAGAGGAGAAGCGAAGGAAGCUGGCAGCUGCAGCUACCCUGCUGGAAGGCAGGAAUGCUGAUGGGUUGGUGAUAGCAAGUCAUUUUCACCCUUAUUCUGUUCUCUUGGGCUUGCUCAAAUUCCUCUCUCCUUCUCGGCCUUUUGUAGUCUUUUCCCAGUACAAAGAGACACUAAUUGAGUGCUACACAAAACUCAAAGAACAAGGUGGGGCUAUCAACCUGAUGCUCACGGACACCUGGCUCAGGCAGUACCAGGUGUUGCCUGACAGGACCCAUCCUCUGCUCCUGAUGAGCGGGGGUGGAGGCUACGUCCUCUCAGGGACAACUGUUGCAACGGACAACUCCAAACCAGCAAGCUCCCCACCAGCUGAGGAACCGGCUCCAAAGAGACAAAAAGUGAAAGACUCUGAGGGAUAAACACACGCAGAAGGAUCAAAUCUUUCAGGGGCACGUUGGCGUCACCUGCAGGGAUUUUUCUUCAGACUCUGUUGAACUGAAGUGACACUUCUGCAGAAAAGAAGAGGGAGUGUCUGGUUUGCAACCAUCAGAGCACGUUCUCCUGUCUUUGUCCUCACAUCAGCUGAGAAGUAAAGUGUAAGCCCAAAACAGGUCAUCUCAGCUCGUGCACCCCUUAUAUAAGAGACGGGUGAAAUAAUUUCUUUAAGUGACAAGUUUGUGUUACCUCCCUUGUGUAAAAUAUGUUUUAAAUGACGGAAUGUGACCUACUUUAAUUCUAGAAAUAAAUUCAACUUUUAUUUGGUCCCAG